UAGUAGAAGAUGCCGGCUCAUUUGAACGAGCCUCUGCUUUAUUGCUAGUGAGAGAGAAAGAGAGAGAGAGAGGGAGAGAGAGACAGAGACCAUGGCAGAGCAGCUAACGGAAGAGCAGAUCUCUGAAUUCAAGGAAGCUUUCAGUCUCUUUGACAAGGACGGAGAUGGUUGCAUCACUACCAAAGAAUUGGGUACGGUGAUGAGAUCUUUGGGGCAAAAUCCAACUGAAGCUGAGCUCCAAGAUAUGAUCAAUGAGGUUGAUGCUGACCAAAAUGGAACUAUCGAUUUCCCUGAGUUCUUGAAUUUGAUGGCACGUAAAAUGAAAGACACUGAUUCUGAGGAGGAGCUGAAGGAGGCUUUCAAGGUCUUUGACAAGGACCAAAAUGGGUUCAUUUCUGCUGCAGAGCUUCGACAUGUGAUGACCAAUCUGGGAGAGAAGUUGACAGACGAGGAAGUGGAUGAGAUGAUCCGAGAAGCGGACAUGGACGGCGAUGGUCAGGUGAACUAUGAAGAAUUUGUGAGGAUGAUGCUGGCCAAGUAAUAGGCCUGGGUACCAUUUCAGCAGAUCCUUCCUUUGGAUGGACACAGUAAAGUUAGUGGCAGCAUCCAUUUCACGUUGGGCAUGCUUGCUGCGCCCACCUGUUUUCUGUUUCGUUCGUCGUAGCUUACUGCUCUUUUAUCUUUUUUGCGGCGCUGAAAUACACACACGGUGGAUUCUUAUGGACAAUUCGAAGUAGCAGAAAUAGCUUGUUAUGUGUUUGAAUACCAAAGAUUUUACUUAGGAAACGAAUACAUGUGGUUGAUUUUAUUUAUUUUAUUUUCCUUUUUUUUUUCCCCCCUAAGAAAUAAACUGCCUAUCCUCUGCUA